UGUUGGUGGAGAACGAAAGUAAAAGUAAACACACUGAAACUGUUUCCUUUGGUGAGUGCCGACAGUUUCCAAUCAACCUGCUAUUGCACACAUCUGGAACAGGUGGGACGUGAACCUAGGCCUCCUGGUCUAAUGGUCUGAUGUGACUUAACCGGAAAGACCCUAAUUGCUGUUUGGAAACAGCAUGGCGAAAGAUGCUGCAAAAUUGAGCCUUCGAAGACUGGAACCAACUAUCCAGAAAUUUGUUAAAGUUGCAAUCCCAACUGAUUUGGAACGGCUCCAAAAGCACCAGAUAAAUAUUGAGAAGUAUCGGCGAUGGAGUCAAUGGGACAAGCUGCACCAGGAGCACAUUAAUGCAAGCCGUACGGUGCAGCAGCUACGAGCUAACAUGAGAGAAAUGGAAACACUAUGCCUUCGGGUAAGAGAUGAAGAUUCACAAGCUUUAGAGAAAAUAAUGAACCCUGUACAGGUGCAUGCAGCAGCAGCAGUGCUGGAGUUCCUGAAACUCCAUUCAGAGAUUCUAGAGGAGUCGAGUGGACGCUGGAACAUGGAUAAUACACAAAGAUCACACUCGUCACUAGUGAGGUCCCAGACUGUCGAAGGAACAAUUAUGAGUUCCCCAGAUUCUGGCUCACCAUUGUCCCAACAUCUGGUUCAGCUGAAUGUGCCACUACCACAGAUUCCACAAGAUCAAGAUGCUGCUGAAUCUUGGGAGAAGUUGGAAGAAGAUUUAAUUGAUCUUAGCAACUUGGUAAAUGAAUUUUCUCAGUUACUUCAUACCCAACAGGAGAAGAUUGACAGCAUUGAAGACCAUGUCAGUACUGCUGCUGAGAAUGUUGAAGAGGGAACCAAGAAUCUGGCCAAGGCCGCUAAAUAUAAACUUGCAAUGCUGCCGGUGGCAGGUGCUCUCAUUGGUGGUGUGAUGGGAGGGCCUAUUGGCCUCCUGGCAGGCUUCAAAAUUGUGGGGGUCGCAGCUGCAGUCAGUGGAGGGAUACUGGGCUUCACAGGUGGGAGAUUGUUACUGAAGAAACGGCAGCAGACGAUAGACCAGGAACUCUCACUUUCUUCCAGCUGCCCCGAGCUGACUCAAGCUGGAAAAAAAUCUAGUUAAAUUAUGUAAACCUAGCUCUUAAGUCAUUUUCCACGCUUUAGCUUAAAGAAAAACAAAUUUUAUAUACAAUUUGUAAACUGUAGGAAUUUUCUCCACCAGAAUCUUAAUCUGAUUAUUCAUUUUUAAUGACAGAUGAUCAGUGUAAAUACUGAUAACAAAUGUACAAUCAUUAAAUGUUAAUUUUUUGUAUAUUUUAAGUGCUUUAUUAAAAUAUUUAUAGUUUUAAAAACUAUUUGGAAUGUAAAUUGUAUGAACAUAGCUUGAACAAAAUCUAUUCAUCAAUCGUGGUAGGCCACUUAUUUUAUUGUUGUUUCCUCAAAAGAAAGAGAUCAACACAUUCUCAUGGAAUGUGAAACAUGAACACCUCAAGCCACUCCCACAUAGCAAGGAACAAAUGAACACCUUCCUCUUAAAGAAAAAAAUGCAUCGACAAGAUGUGGAAAUAAUACCAAAAGAUGAGGCUUGUUUCAUGGGACAGUAUGCAGCCAGCAUACUCUUGCCAAAUCCUAGUACAAGAGAUUACCUUUUAUUAGAAAAAUUUAGGAUCUGCAAAUGAUCAGUGUUUUCCAACAGUUAUACAUUUAACAGUUUUAUUAAAAUCCACUACACUGAAUGACCACAGUACAACAACAUAUUCACAAGCCAGGGAAGCAAAGAAAAAUAAAAAAAAAAACAAUUUGUCAAACAA